AUGUCACUUCCGAAUUAUGCCGAAAGGCGCGAUAGUAUGGCCACGGGAGACGAAAUGGAUAUCAUAGACGACUACGGAGAUUACCCAGAGACACAGCAUGAUUCGAGUCAAUACACUUCCGACGAAGACUACGAUGUUGCAGAUGCCAGCAAUGAUGAGGAGGAUGGUAGUUUGGGACGAAGCCUUGACCAAAAGGCCAUGGGAUCAUCUUCAACGCUGGAUUCGCAGGAGUACACAGCCCCCACGUCCAUAACGAAUGGAAGGCGGCUCAACGUGGUCUCCAACUCGUCAUUAGAAUGGGCCGGAUCUGAGUCAGCGUUGGAUUCGCCUCUUGAUUCGACAUCUUCGCUGGGUUAUAAUGGUGGUAGUGAUGCUAUGGACAUGGAUCAGCCCCCCAACGCCGAGGAAUGGCAAGUCCGAGGCGCCGCACAGGCGUCGAAAGCCGAAAUCGACGAUGACGGAGUCGUUUCCUCCAGAAUCCUGCGCAAGACAAUCAAGGACUUCCGUUUAGGCAAAGAAUUGGGCGAGGGCUCAUACUCUACGGUGGUUCUAGCCACCGAUAAGACAACGGCUCGGCAGUUUGCAGUGAAAAUCCUGGACAAGAAGCACAUAAUUCGUGAGAAGAAAGUGAAGUAUGUGAACAUCGAAAAGAACGCUCUCAAUCGGCUUGGAAAACGUGAUGGAAUCAUCCACCUUUUCCAUACGUUCCAGGAUAUAGCCAGUCUGUACUUUGUGCUUGAUUAUGCGCCCAAUGGCGAGCUUCUGACGCUUAUCAAGCGUUUUGGCUCACUCAACGAAGAGUGUGUUCGCUACUAUUCAGCACAAAUUGUGGAUGCCGUCAAGUACAUGCACGACAACGGCGUGAUCCACCGAGAUUUGAAACCAGAGAACAUCUUGAUAGACUCCGAAGGCAGAAUCCAAAUCACUGAUUUUGGCACGGCUAAGAUGCUCGACCAAAAAGAGGACGGAUCGUAUCCUCUGGAUUGCAGAGCUACUUCCUUUGUCGGCACAGCUGAAUACGUUUCUCCAGAGCUGCUGAAUGACAAACACUGUGGGAAGGCCUGCGAUAUAUGGGCUUUCGGAUGUAUCGUGUACCAGAUGAUUGCUGGAAAGCCUCCUUUCAAGGCCACAAAUGAGUACCUGACUUUUCAAAAGGUGUGUAAGGUCCAGUUUGCAUUUUCUGCCGGAUUUCCCAUGAUCGUUCGUGAUCUGGUGAAACGGAUUCUGGUACUGAAACCGAGAGACCGUAUCACGCUGCGCGGGAUUCAACAGCAUUGGUUCUAUAACCAGGUUGAUUGGAAUGAUCAUGCUUCCAUAUGGAACUCCAAACCACCAGAAAUUGCACCAUACAAGAUUUCGGCCAAAUCUAUGAUGCCGAUCCCGGAAUUGGCCAACAAGCCCUUUCCAAACGCGUCCAGUGUAUCUUUAAAGCCACCAGCAUCCAAAGCUUUUGGUUCAAACAGCAGGAGCGGUUCUUCAUCUUCAAUUGCCGCCAAGGAGUCUGUUAUGAGUUCUUAUGGCUUGCCACUUCAGCCAAUAGCCAAUUCAUCACCGUCUCUUUUAGUCAACGGAACUGCUUCAUCGUCAUCAUCAGCCUCCGCUUCUACCAUUACUGCAAAGCCAGCUGAUACAACUGCUCAGUCGGUCAAGAAAAAGCCUACAGCCAAAACCGCCUCUACAGCAGCAGCUGCAGCGCUCAUGAAGAAGCCAGCCGAGAUUAUGCUUUCUUCUCCGAGUGAUCUGUCAGUCCGCAAAACCCCUUAUUCACAGCCAUCACAAACGAUAGAUUACAUCCCCGGAACAAAUAUUCCUCGACCGGUAUUGAACACACGGAUAUCUACUCAGUCCUCAUCCAGUUCCCGUUCGAACUCGAACUCAAACUCGAAUUCGAAGAAAAAGCCUCCUGGCACACCAAAACCGAAGUCACGCCUAAGCUCAGGUGCGCAGACUGCGGAACCAGCACCGAUGAGUGUUUUGGAUCUUGCCUGGGCCAGCUUUUUCAAGAAUUCACGCGAGCGUGUUCUCAAGGUAGGAAAUGUGAAGGUCUUCAAGUACACUACUGACCAGUUUGAGAAGAAGUAUCGUGGUCAAUUGGCCGAGUCACCGCUUGGAUAUCGUUCUCGUGAGAAUUCGUCAUCGUCAACUAGUCUUUUGACUCAAGUUGCUCAUGGAUCUCACACCGGAUUUCGCAGACCCAGUGGGAACGGAAGUUCACUGACGAACUACGUUUCCACAAUCGCUGAGGACGCCGACGAUGAUGCCGUCACAUUCAACGAUUCAAACGACAAUGAAACCGAGAAGGAGGAAUCGGCCAAAGAGGAGUUUCAUGAUAAAGCUUCGCACAAAUUGAAGCGGUUCUUUGGCGCUUCGGUUCAUCAUCUCACCCCACAGGAGAACACUGCAAAACAACGGACUAUGUUAGUCACAACCCUCGGUCGUGCGAUGAUGUUCAUACAGAAUCACGAGAAGGGUAAGCAGAAGUACCAACUGACCGCAGAGGUGGAUCUUACCAAUACUCAUGUCCGUUUCAAGGAGGUGAUAGGCGACAGAAAGGCGAAAAACCUAAUUAUAUCAGGAAUUUUUGCGAUAGAAUCGCUCAGGACGACAUUCGCGUUUGAAGUCGAGAAACAGGAGGUUUCUGUUUGGACAAAUGCCCUGGCAAAGUCGCGAAUCUCGGAGCUGGAACGCAAGUUGGCUAGUUCCGACACAAUUUUAAGCAGCGACGAGACUGCGAUUCUGGCUGCCACCAUGGCAAUCACAUCGAAUCCCGGUUCACCCCGUAUGGAAGAAGAUCUGAUUGGACUUCAGCUGACUCCAGUUUCGCCGAUUUUUGGGGAGGACUCGCUCAAGAACCUGUUUCAGGAGACCAACAAACCAGCCUCACCACCACCUCGCAACUCGACUGAGGUCGACCCAAAAACGCGCACAAGGCAUCGCAGGCCACCACAGCAAGCUCAACGCACCGAGAACGGCCACAACUUCAUGUCCACUAUGAGACAGACCUCAGAAACUCAAAGCGCGGCUCCGAGGCACGCAGAACAAUCAGAGGACACGCGUCGUGUGAUCUCCAGUAAUACUCCUCUUAUAUCCGCAGCAAUCAACAAGGCUAUUUCGAACCAGAACCAAGGCUCUUUGCAUGUUCAGGAGCCGCCCAGGAGAUCCAGCUGGAAAGCCAGUGAGACGAGCAGACCGUCAUCACCGGUAGAGAGAAGCGGAGUUCCACGCAUGGUCACUAGCAUGAAUUCACGGUUUUUGGCACGGUCAAACAGGAAGAAGAAGUGA